UUGGUGGCGCGGCCGCGCGCGUGGGGCGGCUCGCCUGGUGUCGGCGCCUCCCCGCAUCCCGCGCCGCUGUCGGCGGAGCCCGGCGGCCGGGCAGCGGGGCCCGGUCCCGGCAGCUGGGGCAUGGAGAGCCUGCUGGAAAACCCGGUGCGCGCCGUGCUCUACCUGAAGGAGCUCACCGCCAUCGUGCAGAACCAGCAGAGCCUCAUCCACACCCAGCGCCAGCGCAUCGACGAGCUGGAGCGGCGGCUGGACGAGCUCAGCACCGAGAACCGCAACCUCCGCGGGCAGCAGCCGCACCACGCCGAGUCGCCGGCGGCCCCCGCCGAGCCGUCCCAGGGCUCCCCGGCAGAGCAGCCCCCGCCGCCGCCGGGCCAGCCUGACCCGCUCCAGCACCACCAACAGCUCCCGGCGCAGCAGCCGCCGCCGGCGGGCAAGCAGGCACCCGCGGGCCCCGGCGGCAGCGGGCGGGCUGCCGGGCACCAGCACCCUGCUGCCCAGCCCCACCAGCACCCCGCAGAGAAGGACGGCAGGGAGAAGGGCUGCUGCGCCGCUCUGCUCCAGCACAAGCCCCCCCAGGCCAUCGGCAAAGGCGUCCUGAGCCGGAGACCGGAGAAUGAAACUGUUUUACACCAGUUCUGCUGCCCAGCAGCUGAUGCAGAGCAGAAGCCUUCGUCUCCAGACUCCUCACCAAGUGACGAUCCCAGCGGUUCCACAAGCAAGAAAGCCGGGUGUGAAACGGAGGAUCCGAAGGAGGCCGGCAGACAGAGUGGCCAGGAAGGCAGGUCCGACACCCAGACGCUAAAAGCCCAGCAUGCGGAGCUCCAAGAAGAGCAGGCAGCGGGGUGUUCCCCUCUGGUGCAGAAGGCGAGCCUCCACCACACGGGCUCCCCAGUGAGAGUGCAGCGCAGCAAAGGGACGGCCUCGUGUUCCCAUGCAGCUGCCUCCGAUUAUGAGCUCUCCCUUGACCUAAAGAAUAAACAGAUCGAAAUGCUAGAACACAAGUACGGCGGUCACCUGGUGUCUCGCAGGGCAGCCUGCACCAUCCAAACUGCUUUCCGGCAGUACCAGCUCAGCAAGAACUUUGAGAAGAUCCGCAACUCGCUGCUAGAGAGCCGCAUGCCACGCCGCAUCUCCCUGAGGAAAGUCCGGGUCCAGAACUCGGAGAGCUUCUCUGCUGAGAAAGCCCUGGUGGAGGGGUACAACUUUGUGGGCAUCCCAUUGGUGAGGUCUCCAUCUUUGCCAGCCACCAUCAGUGGGGCACUGACUGAGCUGGAGGACUCCUUCACAGAACAAGUUCAGUCCCUGGCCAAGUCUAUUGAUGAUGCCCUCAGCACUUGGAGCCUGAAGACCAUGUGUUCACUGCAAGACGGGGGCUCAUACCAGAUAAGGGAGACCUUCAGUGCUAGCUCCAUGCAGCCAAACCAAGAUUUAGAAGCUGAGCUGCAGGAUAAGGAGAAAGAGGAAGGGCUCCUGCCAGACACUCUACCCAAGAGCAGCAGCACUCUCAUGAUGGCUUUUAGGGAUGUCACAGUCCAGAUCGACAACAAGAACAUCUCUGUCUCAUCGUCUACCUCGGUGUCCAUGGCAAACUGCCUCAGCAACAAUGCCCAAGCUGGCCUCUCUCAAGCUACCAAGGCUGAAGAAAGCCCAGGAGAAGGGGAAGGAGAAGCCAGUGAACCACCGGCUGCCCCAGAGAGCUCACCUGAGUCCACAGCUCUCCAGAACAGCCACACUUUCACCGAGGUGAAUGUCAGUGCUAAUGGUACAGGAGACAGCAGUGCUGAGCCUGGGCAGAUGGCAGUGCAGAAGCUCCAGCUUGAUGCUAGCAACGAGACAGGGCAAAACAAAGGCUCUGAGUCUGAGAAUGCAGACAAUUCAGAGCAGCUGAGCAGCAGCAGCACCUCCACUUCAGCCAAGUCAGCCUCGGAGGUGUCCUCCAAAGAAGCACUGCAGGCCAUGAUCCUCAGCCUCCCGAGGUACCACUGCGAGAACCCAGCUAGCUGCAAGUCCCCCACACUUUCCACUGACACCAUGAGGAAGCGCCUCUACCGCAUUGGGCUCAACCUCUUUAAUAUAAACCCAGACAAAGGGAUCCAGUUCCUGAUCUCCCGCGGCUUCAUCCCAGAUACCCCCAUUGGGGUGGCACACUUCCUGCUCCAGCGGAAGGGCCUCAGCCGCCAGAUGAUUGGGGAGUUCCUGGGCAACAGCAAGAAGCAGUUCAACAGGGAUGUGCUAGACUGCGUGGUGGACGAGAUGGACUUCUCAGGCAUGGAGCUGGAUGAAGCCCUGCGGAAAUUCCAGGCACAUAUCCGUGUUCAGGGGGAGGCACAGAAGGUGGAGCGGCUCAUUGAGGCUUUCAGCCAGAGGUACUGCAUGUGUAACCCAGAUGUGGUCCAGCAGUUUCACAACCCGGACACCAUCUUCAUCUUGGCCUUUGCAAUCAUCCUCCUCAAUACGGACAUGUACAGCCCCAACAUCAAGCCUGACAGGAAGAUGAUGCUGGAGGACUUCAUUCGCAAUCUUAGAGGGGUGGACGAUGGUGCUGACAUUCCACGGGAGCUGGUCGUGGGGAUCUAUGAGAGGAUCCAGCAGAAAGAGCUAAAAUCCAAUGAGGACCAUGUGACUUAUGUCACCAAAGUGGAGAAGUCCAUAGUUGGAAUGAAAACGGUGCUGUCCGUGCCCCAUCGACGCCUGGUCUGCUGCAGCCGCUUAUACGAAGUGACUGAUGUGAACAAAGUGCAGAAGCAGGCAGCUCACCAGAGGGAAGUUUUUCUCUUCAAUGACCUGCUGGUGAUCCUCAAGCUGUGCCCCAAGAAGAAAAGCUCCUCAACGUACACAUUUUGCAAGUCGGUUGGCCUGCUAGGGAUGCAGUUCCAUCUCUUUGAGAAUGAAUAUUACCCCCAUGGCAUCACACUGGUGACUCCAGUUUCAGGCUCAGAGAAGAAACAGGUACUACACUUCUGUGCUCUGGGUGCUGAGGAAAUGCAGAAGUUUGUGGAAGACCUCAAAGAGUCGAUAGCAGAAGUGACAGAGCUGGAGCAGAUACGAAUUGAAUGGGAGCUGGAGAAACAGCAAGGGGCAAAGACUCUCUCAUUAAGGACCAAUGGAGCCCAGAUGGAAUUGCAGUCUAAGCAAGGCUCACCAACAGGCAAGAAGGAUUUGGGAGAGAAGGUCUCGGACAGCACAGUGGAGGUGUCAAUUCACAACAGGCUUCAAACGUACCAGCACAACUCCGCCCUGGGGCCCGAGAGUGGAAUGCAGCCCACCACGCAUCUUAACAUGCCACAGGAGCGGCUGGAGACAGCACUGGUGCCCUCGCACCCCGCCUCGGCGGGGACACUUGUACAGUGCCAGCAGAUUGUCAAAGUCAUUGUCCUGGACAAGCCGUGCCUCGCUCGGAUGGAGCCGGCCCUCAACCAGACUCUGACACGCUACGUCACCUCUGAUUCCUGCACCUCCACCCCCUGGCGCAGUGUGGGCAGUGGGCUCCCGGGGACCCCCAUGAAGCUGGUCCAUCAGCCUCCCCUCCCACCUCCACCACCUCCCUACAACCACCCUCACCAGUAUUGCCCCCCAGGCUCCCUGCUUCAGAGGCGCAGGUACUCCAGUGGCUCGCGCAGCCUCGUGUAGCCACACCACCAGCACCAGAACAGCACAGACUUCCCUGCUUCCCUUCCCCACUGCCCCCUGGGGACCCUUUCUGCCUACAGAGAUCUAGUUUGUGAUUUAUUUUUUAGUAAAAGAAGAAAAGAAGAAAAAAAAGUCAAAAAAACAGCCGACUGACCUAACUCUUGCCCUGCCUCCCCUCAAGGUGAUGCUAAUUGUGAGGAGCCAUCUGUAGAAACUGCCAACCUACAUGCUCACACAUCCUCACACCCUGCCAGCCCCGCUGGCCUCCUGUGCUCGUGCCAUUCCCUUGUAGCACUUUGCUGCCCUGUUCCUGAGAGGCUUGAUGACCUGCUGCCUUCUAAGCACUGUGUCUUCCAUUUGCUACUCCUCGACCUCCCCCCGCCUUGCAUUAACCCGGCCAUAGGUUUGUACCUACCCCAAAACUGUGCCAGCCUCGGAGAGAAAUGGACCCACCUGUGCCAAGGACCAGCCUUGGGGCACUCCUGGGGAUGGAGUCCCCCCUGCCACCACUGCUGCCACCUGCUAAGCUGGAGCUGAGAACUUGUACCACUUGCUACGCUUUCUUCUCAUCGCUCUUCAAAUACUCGAUCCUCGCAGCAGCCGGUUCCAAGCAAAGGAGUGCACGAGUGGAAGAAAGCUCAAGAGGAGGAGAGACUGUCCUGAGCUGCAGUGCGACACGAAGAUGGCCUCACUCUGAACACCAAAACUCUUUCUGUUGUUAUAUUGGAGCAUUGUACCAGAGACCUCUGCUGAGACCUAGCAGACCUCAUCACAUGUAAAUACACCUGUAUGGUAGCGUA